AUGAACAGGAAAAACGAUACUGCUGUGGCGGAAUACAUCCUGCUGGGGCUCCAUAAGUACCGUCAUCUAGAAAUGGCCCUAUUUGUGCUUUGUCUGACCAUCUACUGCCUUACUCUGCUGGGCAACUCCCUUCUGGUGGGGCUGAUUGUGCUGGAUUCCCGCCUGCACAACCCCAUGUACUUCUUUCUCAGCAACCUCUCCCUCAUAGACAUCAGUGGCACCUCCUCCUUCAUGCCUCUCAUGCUAAUCAACUUCUUGGCAGCCCAAAAGACUAUCUCCUUCCCCAGCCGCGCCCUGCAGAUGUACUUGACCUUGGCACUGGGUGCUACAGAGUGUCUUCUCCUGGCUGCUAUAGCAUAUGACCGUUUUGUGGCUAUCUGCCAGCCACUCAGGUACCUCCAGCUCAUGAGUGGGAGGAUGUGUAUGCGGAUGGCAGCACUGAGCUGGGGGACAGGUUUUGCCAACUCUCUGCUGCAGUCCAUCCUUGUGUGGCGCCUCCCCUUUUGUGGCCAUAAUGUCAUCAACCACUUCUUCUGUGAGAUCUUGGCAGUGCUGAAACUGGCCUGUGGGGACAUCCCCCUCAAUGCCCUGACAAUAAUGGUGGCCACAGCUGUCCUGACACUGACUCCACUCCUGCUCAUCUGCCUCUCCUACAUUUUCAUCUUGGCUGCCAUCCUCAGCGUACCGUCUGCUGCAGGCCACCACAAAGCCUUCUCCACCUGCUCUGCUCACCUCACAGUGGUGGUAGUUUUCUAUGGGACCAUCUCCUUCAUGAACCUCAAACCCAAGGCCAAAGACCCGGAUGUGGAUAAGCUCAUCACAUUGUUCUAUGGGUUGUGA